GCGACCCGACCCGACGGGGCACACCACGCCCAACCCAAGUUCGUAUCGUAAUCGUACGGCCGUCUGCCGCUCCUGUCUGCCUGUCUGUCUGCCUCUGUCAUUUCCGUGUAACCCUCGCUUCGAUUGAUUUUUUUUCCUUCUUGACCCAUUCCAUUCUGAGGUUGUGCCACGCGUCUGCAAGGAAGGACGUCGUUGUCUUGAAGGCAAGCGCCUGCUGUGGGCGUGGCACCUCCUCCUCCCCAGCUUGGGUUUUCCUGGCUAUGGCGUCGAACAUGGUGGACGAACCGCUUUACCCUAUCGCCAUCUUAAUCGACGAGCUUAAGAAUGACGAUAUCCAGUUGCGGCUGAAUUCAAUCAGGCGUCUGACAACCAUAGCCCGUGCUCUCGGCGAAGAACGCACCCGCAAGGAACUCAUCCCCUUCUUGAGCGAUUGCAAUGACGACGACGAUGAGGUCUUGUUGGCUAUGGCCGAAGAGCUUGGCAACUUCAUUCAGUAUGUUGGCGGGAUCGAGCACGCGCACUGUUUGCUCCCCCCCCUUGAAACUCUGUGUGCCGUGGAGGAACCCGUUGUGCGAGAGAAAGCCGUCGAGUCUCUUUGCAAGAUUGGCUCCCAGAUGAAAGAGCAGUAUGUCGUCGAUCAUUUCAUCCCGUUAACCAAGCGUCUUGGUGCAGGGGAGUGGUUUACGGCCCGUGUUUCUAGCUGCGGCCUCUUCUAUGUAGGUUAUCCUAGUGCAACUGAUCUUCUUCGUGCAGAUCUGAGAGCGCUUUAUGGGCAACUGUGCCACGAUGACAUGCCCAUGGUGAGACGAGCUGCAGCGAUGAAUUUGGGCAAGUUUGCCGCAACAAUUGAUGAACCACAGUACAUCAAGACGGAGAUUUUAACAUUCUUUAAGGAUCUUACUCAGGAUGAUCAAGAUUCUGUUCGUCUAUUAGCAGUGGAGGGAUGUGCUGCAAUUGGAAAGCUGCUUGACAGGCAGGAUUGCGUUGCGCAUGUUUUGCCGGUUAUUGUGGCUUUUUCGCAGGAUAAGUCCUGGCGCGUGAGGUUCAAUGUGGCAAACCAGUUGUAUGAGCUCUGUGAAGCAAUUGGUUCGGAGCUGGCGAGCGAUACGAGUCAGUAUGUUCGUGCUGCACUUGCAUCAAAUAUUAUGGGACUUGCACCACUUCUUGGCAAGGAGGUCACCAUUGAGCAGCUUUUACCAAUAUUCUUGAGUCUUCUGAAAGAUGAGUUCCCUGAUGUGCGUCUGAACAUCAUAAGCAAACUGGAUCAGGUUAACCAGGUUAUUGGCAUUGAUCUGCUGUCUCAGUCCCUUCUUCCGGCCAUUGUCGAACUUGCAGAGGACCGUCACUGGAGGGUACGAUUGGCCAUUAUCGAGUACAUUCCGCUGCUGGCCAGCCAGCUCGGUGUGGAGUUCUUCGAUGACAAGCUUGGCUCACUCUGCAUGUCGUGGCUGAACGACCAGGUGUAUUCAAUAAGGGAAGCGGCAACGGUCAACCUGAAGAGGUUGGCAGAGGAAUUUGGACCUGAGUGGGCACAGACGCACAUUGUCCCACAGGUUCUCAAGUUGAUUGACAAUAAUCAUUAUUUGUAUCGGAUGACGGUCUUGUUUGCCAUUUCUCUCCUUGCACCAGUUGUUGGGAGCGAAGUGACAUGUAGUGUAAUGCUCCCUGCGGUUAUAAGUGCCUCCAAGGACAGAGUGCCCAAUAUCAGAUUCAACGUUGCCAAAAUGCUCCAAAACUUGGUUCCAAUCCUAGAGACAUCGGUUGUGGAGCAGACGAUCCGGCCAUGCCUGUUAGAGCUCAACGAGGACCCUGACGCGGACGUGCGCUUUUUUGCGGACCAGGCCCUCCAGAAAUGCGACCAAGUCAUUUCACAAAGAAGAGCGGGCGGCGACCAUAGGAUGGGGGGUGUGGAUGGGUAAUGCAAAUGCGCGGCACACGGCUGUAGAAGAUGGAGACGGCGAUGUCAUGGGAGUUGGUUCUCGUUGACAUGUGUCAACUGCGGCGUUUCUGGGAAGAGGAGAGAAUGUUUUGAUGUUCAUGGCUCGAUUGCAGCCCGUUCAGCAUUCAGCUUUUCACUAACAGAUGAUGUUAUGCGGGGGGCGCAACGGGAUGGAGAGAGAGAGAGAGAGAGAGUCUGAAAAAUGAGGAGGAGAGAUGCAGCAAGACAUGCAUAUACGAAUUGCCUGCGGAACAUAAUGUACCUGGAGGCCAUGGAGUGAAGGGAAUUGCAUUUUGUGAUUUGAAAUGUGCACACACACACAGAGAGAGAGAGAGAGAGAGAGAGAGAGAGAGAGAGAGAGAGAGAGAGAAUCUGUGGAGGGUGUUGUCUGCUUAAAGCGGAAGUUGAUUGCUACGGAGUCGAGGGGUGACGAUGGUAGGUGCUGCGUUGUGAAGUCUCUGUUUUGUGCAUAGGAGACGGGAAGAGUCGACACUUUUGACAGGGGCAGAUUGGCAAGUGUAACCAGAGGGUGGUAUAAGGUGGCGAAGUCGGGGAUUCAGAGCUGAGGCUGAGGCGAGUGCUGUUGAUUUUGGGACAUUUUGAGCUUCAGCUGGCCAGCAAGAGGGCUUGCAGCGCGGCAGGUUACGUCAAUGUUUCAUGGCAUCCAAUUCGUGCAUGGUAUCGGUGAUCUUAUUGUAUUUGCAAUGCUGCCGAGGACUCGCAAUGGUACUGAUGCUCGCUUUGGGCGUCAUGUUUCUUUGGGCGUCACAUUUCUUUGGGCAUCACGUUCAUAGGACAGAAUUGUUAUCGGAUGUGAAGGUGAGGAUCUGAUCUAUCUAUCUAUCUAUCUGUCUUGAGUUCUCUGUGCUCUCUAUGGCAUGGCAUGGCAUGGCAUGGAUGGUCAAGCUGGUACGUCGAUUAGGAGGGAGUGUCCAUCGUUGGCGGUCCUUCGUUGCUCACCUGUGGCCCUUCCCAACAGAGGAUCAUUUUGAUUCAUGUGUUUUAGGGGUUUUGUCUUUGGGGGGUUGUUUGAAUGCUCUGCUGUCCCUCUGAAGCAUGCCGUGAGUUGUCCUCACUUGGUCUUAUUUUAGUGCCCAGCAAGUUUGCAAAGGCGGAUAAAGGGCUAGUGGAGGGAGGGAGGGAGGGAGGGAGGGAGGGGUGGAGCCGUUGUUGGCAGCUUUUUUCUUCAUUGUUGUUGUACGCCAGGGACAGAAAUUGUUUCCUCUGAGUGGGGAGAGCACGGAGGGAGGGGGUGAACUGGAGUGAUUAAAACACAGGCAGGAAAUAACUAAAGGCAAAGCGAAAUGGGCGAGAUCAUCGCCAAGAUGUUUUCAUUUAACAGAGUGUCCACGUUGUGCAAGUGCUGUCGACACUUGAUUUGAAAAAGAAUGCCCAACGGCGCUUUACAUGCGGUAGGCUGAUCCCCUAUUAUUUCCCCAUUUCUAUUUUUAGAAGAGUUGGGUCGGUUGAACUUCGUUCCAUCGCCAAAAUCGAAGUUCGUCGUUUCAUUUAUUUGCUCAAGGCUUAGUCGAGAUGUAGUUGAGCGAGCUCUUUUUUUUUUUUUUUUUUUUUUUUUUUUUUUUUUACUUUUUUAUUUUUUUAAGUUUUUUUUCCCUCAAACCGCGUAUGUAUUGGAUCACUGUGUUACGGCGGGCUUCUGCACCCCUGAUUGUGAUGAUGGCUGACUAAUUUGAAAUUUCUACUCCAUAUUCUAGUGUAGGUAACAGGGGUUUAACAGGGGUUUAACAGGGUUUGACAGGGGUUUAACAAGGGUUUUAAUAUAGCUGAGCGAAAGCACGAGCAAAAGUUAAAGCUGUUUAUAUAGCUGAGGGCAUCCUGGAUUGCAACAGAGAAAGAAAGGUAAUUUGGGAGUGUGUUGUGUUCUCGCUGAGCACGCGCGUCUGAAGUGUGUUGUGUUCUCUCGACUUUGUGAGGCGGACGUCAACGUGUGUGCUAGUGUGUAUUCGCUCUGACGAGUUUACGGGGGCGAAUGUGACAACAUGGAAGCGUAUUCCCCUCCGUCUUCCUGCUGAAACAACAGUAUACACCGGUGUGCCAUCAUCGUUGUGAUGGUCUGUCCGGCAUGCUCUUUUUGAUUGUCCCCUGAGCUUGCAAUUUCAUGACUUUAGUGAUGUGGUCCUGGCUUCAACGGUGGGUUAAUAAUAAUUAUAUAUGAAUCCCUCCUUGUUUCGCAGGCGAAGUGAAAUCUUCCAGCCUUCCUUUCCGCAUGAAAUGGCAGUUUAGAGAGUGUAGAGAGUACUCUUAAGCGAAAGCCUUCUCACUCUCACAGACAGCCUCUUGAAGGCUGAGGUGGGGUGUGAUGGUAAUCAGAUUGAAUAUGAAUGCACGAUUUGGAUGGGCCACAAGUAGCCCCAUACACUAACUUGUGGGGUCUGCUGAUGGGUCAGGGAUGAUUUCCCUUUUUGUAUAGAGAAGGUGAAAAGACACUAUCAGUGGGAUAAGAAGAAAAAAGAAAAAAGAAAAUUGCAUGCCCAAGGGGUCUCAGCCCCCCCACUUCUUGGAAAUGAACCCCAGCACGCCUC